AGUUGAAUGUAACAAACACGUCCACCCCAUUUGCCCAUUUCUUUCGCCAUUUGGUUUUAGCUUUCACUUCUAAUACGCAUCAACCACAAAAAUCCAUUAAUUUUUCAUUUUCCGUUUCUGGGUUUCAUUCACACCCACUCUUUCAAUGCUAUUUUAAUUUUAAUUUUACUUUUGCUCUUUACUGAACCAACAAAACCCGGGUAUUUUUUAUUCGUUGAUUAUUGAGAUCUUUCUAAUUUCAAGUACAAGAGAGAGUUUUAGCAUGCAAAUGAGGACAAAGCUUACUUUUUUAUUGUGUGUUUGGAUUUUCCUUUGUGGGUCUUGUGUAGGAAGAUUUGUCGUAGAAAAAAACAAUUUAAAAAUAACUUCUCCAAAAUCAUUGAGAGGUAUAUAUGAAUGUGCAAUUGGAAAUUUUGGGGUUCCAAAGUAUGGAGGAACCAUGAUUGGAACAGUUGUGUAUCCAAAGUUUAAUCGGAAUGGAUGCAACAAAUUUAAUGAUGGAGAUACAUCUUUGACUUCCAAGCCCGGAAGCUUCCCCACCUUUGUUCUUGUUGAUCGUGGAGACUGUUAUUUCACUUUAAAGGCAUGGAAUGCUCAGAAUGGUGGAGCAGCAGCUAUUCUAGUUGCAGAUGAUAGAAUUGAACCAUUGAUCACAAUGGACACUCCUGAAGAAGGGAAUGGUGCUAAUGAUGAUGAUUACAUCGAAAAGAUUACAAUUCCUUCUGCUCUUAUAAGCAAAUCACUAGGCGAUAAUAUCAAGAUGGCUCUCUCAAGUGGAGCAAUGGUGAAUGUAAAUCUUGAUUGGAGAGAGGCACUUCCACACCCUGAUGAGAGAGUUGAGUAUGAGUUAUGGACAAGUAGCAAUGAUGAGUGUGGUCCAAAAUGUGAGAGUGAAAUUAAUUUUUUGAAGAGUUUCAAAGGUGCUGCUCAACUACUUGAGCAAAAAGGGUAUACUCAGUUUACUCCUCACUAUAUAACAUGGUAUUGCCCAGAAGCAUUUGUCUUAAGCCAACAGUGCAAAUCUCAGUGUAUUAAUAAUGGGAGGUACUGUGCACCAGAUCCUGAGCAAGAUUUUAGUAGAGGGUAUGAUGGAAAAGAUGUUGUUCUUCAGAACUUGCGCCAAAUUUGUUUCUUUAAAGUGGCAAAUGAAAGUGGUAAGCCUUGGCAAUGGUGGGAUUAUGUUACCGACUUUGCAAUCCGAUGUCCGAUGAGAGAGAAUAAAUACAAUGAAGAAUGCUCUGAUCAAGUUAUUAAAUCUCUUGGUGUUGAUUUGAACAAGAUUAAAGAAUGUAUUGGGAAUCCUCGUGCAGAUGUUGAAAGCCCUAUUCUUAAGGCUGAACAGGAUGCACAGAUAGGCCAGGGGUCUCGUGGUGAUGUUACUAUACUUCCCACUCUUGUUAUUAACAACAGACAGUAUAGAGGUAAGCUGUCAAAAGCAGCAGUUCUGAAGGCAAUAUGUGCAAGUUUUCAAGAGACCACUGAGCCAUCAAUUUGUUUAACUCCAGACAUGGAAACAAAUGAGUGUUUGGCAAACAAUGGUGGUUGUUGGCAGGACAAAGCUGCUAACAUUACUGCUUGCAGGGACACUUUCCGAGGAAGAGUAUGUGAAUGUCCUAUUGUACAAAAUGUGAAGUUUGUUGGUGAUGGAUAUAUUCACUGUGAAGCAAGUGGAGCGUUGAGGUGUGCAAUCAACAAUGGAGGUUGUUGGCAGGGAGCACAAGGAGGCAGGGCAUACUCUGCAUGUAUAGAUGACCAUACAAAAGGUUGUAAGUGUCCACCUGGAUUCAGAGGUGAUGGAGUCCACUCUUGUGAAGAUGUGGACGAGUGCAAAGAGAAAUUGGCUUGUCAGUGCCCAGAGUGCAGCUGCAAAAAUACAUGGGGGAGUUAUGAAUGCAGAUGCAGUAAUGAUUUGUUCUAUGUGCGAGAAAGUGACAUGUGUAUUGGUAAAUAUAGCUCUAAUUCUUCUGUCUCUGGUGGAGGAUUUGUUUGGAUGCUUAUUCUCAUCUUAGCUAUUGCUGCUGCUGGGGGAUAUGCAUUCUACAAGUACAGAAUCCAGAGAUAUAUGGACUAUGAGAUAAGGGCAAUAAUGGCACAAUACAUGCCGUUGGAUAAUCAAGCAGAGAACGGUAAUCAAGUUCAGCAUGCUGUGUAGUUCAAGAGCAAUCAAUCAUUUGUUUGGAUGCUUAUUCUCAUCUUAGCUAUUGCUGCUGCUGGGGGAUAUGUAUUCUAGAGCUACCUGUUUAGUUAUUUUUUACAAAACUGUUUAGUUUGUUAUCAAUUAAUUAAUACGGAGAGAAGCUAUUUUACUCAACU